AUGUUAUUAGGAAUACAGUUGGCUAACAUAAUUGUUUUAAAGUUUUUGUAUUAUCUAACUAUUAAUUCUCUUAAUACCUUUUUAGCUAGAACUUAAAAUACAGGAAAAAUCUAUUAGUCUCUUUCUAACACAGGAAUGAUGUUUAAUUAUAUAUGUUAAAUGAAAAGUCCUAUAAAGACUAACAAUUAUCCAUAUUUUACUACUCAAGAUGAUUAGUAUUUGUAAAACUAAACAAAUGACAGUCAAUAAAAAUUAAAAGCUUUAUUGGAUAACUACUAAAGCUUAAACAAAAAGAUUAUUUACUGGAUGAUUAAUCAAUUUAAUUAUUUGAUUAGAUAAGUUUUUCAACUUUAUGCAAAUUUUUACCUGAUGUAAGCAUAUUUGUUUUAUUUUAGACAUACGCUAAUGUUUCAACUUCACUUUGUCCACAAAUUCUGUCAGGUGUUUAAAUUUAAGGAUUAAUACAAUUAGAUAAUUGAAAUUAUACAAUUAUGUUGA